AUGGAAUAUACAGAUGAAGAUGCUGAAACUCAAAUUGAGACUGAAGAUGGAGAGGAAGCUUGGGUAGCAACUCAUAGUGGUCCCGCAACAAAUAUCGAAGAAAUUGCCUCAUACAUUGAAGGUGAUGAAGAUGAAAUUAAUAAAAAAUUAAUUAACGCUGUAUUGGAAGAAGUAAAUGAUGAAGUCGACAUUCCGUAUAUAAAUGAUAUUCCGGAUAUUGAUGAUGAAGUUGAGGAAGGAGUCGAGGAAGUAGAAGAUCCGGCCGCACUUGUCAGUUCGAGUAAUGUCGAAAAGCCUCAUGAUGAUUGUCCAAGCGAUAAAAUUCUUCAAGUUCGAACUUAUGAUGUAUUUAUUACUUAUGAUAAAUAUUAUCAAACUCCACGCAUGUGGCUUUUUGGUUAUGAUGAGCACCGUCGACCAUUAACAUCAACACAAAUAUUUGAAGACAUUUCACAAGAUUAUGCUAAAAAGACAGUAACAAUUGAAACGCAUCCACAUUUAAAUAUGUCAUUAGCUAGUAUUCAUCCUUGUCGUCACGCUCAAGUUAUGAAGAAAAUUAUUGAAAAAAUGAAUGAAGAAAGUAUGAAGAAAUUUGAAUUAUUUCAAAGUCAAUAUAUCAGUGCCAAUGCCGGUAAUUCUAAUAAUAAUCCUCCACAAGUUGAACAAGCUCAAGUUAGAGUUGAUCAUGCUUAA